CAUCUGAAUGUGUGUGUAGGGCGAGGAUUCCCGUUCGGCCCAUAUUUGGAUUUCCGAGUGCGGGAGCACCGAAGCGUCACGACUUCGCCUCCAAAUGAGAGCCAAUCAGAGAUGAGGCGGACGUGACGUCACCGCGCCGGCCAAGGGGCCUUCCCGAAUCGAAACGGAAGAAGGCGGACGAGACAAAGUGCCGGCGCCCGAGUACGUUUCGCCUUUCCAGUCAAACGUUGGCACUUCCCGAGUCGCCCACACUUGGGUCGUGCGUGUUAGGGGGAGGGUGGGACGCUUCCUCUCCAAGCUGAAUUUUCCCGACGACACAUCCCCCUCCCCGCCCGGUCCUCGCCCCAUUCCUCCCCAACACCUUGAGUGGCUUUCUCAGCCCCCCUCUCGGCUUCCAUAGUGCCGCCGGGCUCGGCUCCCCCGAACUGCACUUCCGCAUCACGCCGGACACACACCUGGCGGCCGUUUCGUUGGCCCGCCAGGUGCUUCCACUCUCAGCGCUUCCUUGGCUAUUGCCAUGCCCCCCGCGCCCUUCCGAGAGGAGGAGGAGGAGGAGAAGAAGAAGUAGAAGAAGGCGACAAGAGACGACGCGACGAGGGCGAGCCGGCCGCGCACGAUGUUCGACGAGGCCGCGAUGGGCGACGGGAGCCCCCGCCGCGGCGGAGGCGAGCCGCCGUGCCGCUCGCCGCCGCGCGGCUCGUCCGACGCCCCCGGCGCGUCGUCGUCCCCGCCCGACGACGCCCACGACAAACUUUUGGGAGGGGACCCCGACUACUGCCGGCGGAUCCUGGUCCGGGACGCCAAAGGCACCAUCCGCGAGAUCGUGCUGCCCAAAGGUCUGGACCUGGACCGGCCCAAGCGCACGCGGACCUCCUUCACGGCCGAGCAGCUGUACCGGCUGGAGGUGGAGUUCCAGCGCUGCCAGUACGUGGUGGGCCGCGAGCGCACCGAGCUCGCCAGACAGCUCAACCUGUCCGAGACGCAGGUGAAGGUGUGGUUCCAGAAUCGCCGCACCAAACAGAAGAAGGACACCAGCAAGGAUUCGGACAAGCGCACGUCCUCGUCUUCCGAGUCUUUGGCCACCUGCAACAUCCUGCGUCUCCUGGAGCAGGGGCGCCUGCUGUCGGGCCCCGCGCCGCCCGCCCCCCCGCCGCCGCCCCCUGCGCCGCACAGGGCCAACGGUUCUCUGCUCGGCGGCUCCCCGUCCUCGUCCUCGGCCUCGCCGGGGAUCGGCGGCGUGGGCGCCGCCGCCUCCCCCGGCUCCCUGGCCGGGGCGGCCUUCGGGCCCCCGGGCGCCCCGCCCUCCCCCCGGCCGCACGCCCUCUGCUUCUCUGCGCCGCUGCUGGGCGGGGCUCAUCGCGAGCUGACCUCGGCCUACGGCUGCGGCUCGUCAGCCUUCGAGCCGUACAUGAGGACGGAGCGCAAAGGGGCCGAUGUCGGCAGGAAGAAAAGCCUUUCUUGAAGGCGCCCCGCCCACCCCACAUGACUCAUCUCAGAGACGCUUUUCUCCACUGUGUCAGUGUGUCGGUGUGUCGGUGUGUGUGUGAGAUGAGCGUCUGAGAGCGGGAGCAG